GCAGCGUGUCAUGGGGCAGAGUGGCUCGUGUGGCUGGUUAAGGAGGUGAGGAUCCUUCCUGGAACCCUGGCUGCAGGACUCAGCAGGAUAGGCGGCUGCCACUUCAACUCGCGGCACGGCGCGGGUCCCCGGGGCCCUGCGGGGCAGACAACUCCCAGUCCUUGUCAGACACUCAGACAGGCAGGAUGCGUUUCGUGACGCUCCUGACGACCUUCACUGUUGUAGUGGCUGGCACCCCCACCCAGCUAAGGGCGGUGUAUGCACCCAGGGAGGUGCAACAGGAAAGCCAUGACCUCGACCCCAAGUACGUGAUAGGUGAGGUCAUCGCCAGCGAGUUCGACCGCCAUGUGCCCGUGCUGAGCGACAACCUGCGCGGGGAACUCAACACCCUCAGGAAUGACAUCAGCCGCCAGUUCGACUCCCUGAAGCACCACAUGGACGUCAAGCUGGACAGAAUGCAGCGAGACGCCCCUGCUGAGGACAACCCGCAGCCCGUGGAGCAGAGACCCCGGCAGGAGACGCCCAGCAGCGCCACGCCCGCCGCCACCAUCCGCCACAACCUGGCCAUGGCGGAGCUGCGGCGGCUGGGCUCGGAGCUCACCCAGACCAUGAACCAGGAGGUGGCCAAGUUGCGGGAGGAGUUCCGCACCUCCCUCGACCAUCUCCGCGAGCAGCUGCAGAACGCCACGGACGUCCUGGCGGCGAAGCUUGGCAACGAGUUCACGACCCAGGCGGAGGAGAGCACCACCAUGCUGAAGAAGGUGUUCUUCCUCACGCGGAACCAGAUGACGCUCAUCCAAGACACGCUGAGCAACAUCACUUCGGCCAUCAAUGUGGGGAGGAGACACGACGCCGCCACGACCCUCCACCCUCCCCACGCGGAACACACCAGCACCUCGCACCUCCCCCCGCUGCUCUCAACACUCACGGACACCAGCACGGAGUUCAUCACCGCCAUCAUGACCGACACAGAGCCUCCCAUCAUCAACAUGGGCACCAUCAACACCACCGCACCCUCCACCACCGCGACCACAACCACCACUACCACCACCUCCACGACCACGACGACCUCUACCACCCCAGAACCCGAGGACUUGCCGAAGGACUGCGUGGAGGCGCUUAUCUUCGGAAUGACCCACUCGGGCGUCACCAAAAUCAAACCUUCCCCGGAGAUGGAGCCAAAGAAAGUGUGGUGCGACCAGAAGGUGGAGGGCGGCGGGUGGACGGUGAUGCUGCAGAGGAAGAAACAGCCCACGCAGAUUGACUUCAGGAGGCCUUGGCAGAGCUACGCGGAGGGCUUCGGUGAUCCUGACGGCGAGUACUGGAUAGGUCUGGAGGCGCUGUACAAACUGACGAAGGGCAACCCAUAUAACCUGCGAGUGGAGAUGACUUGGGAAGACGAGAAAGCUGAAUCUCUCUACGAUUUCUUCAGUGUGGGUCCUGCGCGGGCUGGUUAUCGGGGCUACGAGCUGAACGUGGGCGGUUACAACAAGAGCAGCACGGGCGGCGACGCGAUGGAGUACCACAACGGCAUGGACUUCAGCACCUUUGACCAGGACAACGACGGCGCCUCAGGUGGUAGCUGCUCGGAAUGGUCAGGCGGCGGAGGAUGGUGGUUCAACUAUUGCUACUACAGUAAUCCCACGGGAAUCUACCCACCCAGUGACCUGCCUGAGAAUACCCAAGUGGAUCACCUUAUAGAGUGGCGCAAGUGGCAAGGUUACUAUACCUACCUGUCCUCUUUCCGCAUGCUGAUCAGACCCAAUUAGACCCUGUGUGCGUGUGUAAAGGAUGUGUUCAAGGCGUAUAGCUGUGGAAUGUUAGUGCACUGCUGAGUAAAGGAUGUGAGAAUGUGUGUUUUUUCAUUGUGUUCGCUGUAGAGGUGUUGGGAAGACCACUGUUGAGUGUAGGUGUAAAAGAGAGUUGGGAAUAAAAAUGGUGGUGUCUGUUUAGGUUGUGAGAGGCGCAUGGAAAGUUACCAGUGGGUGUAGGUGUUGAAAGAGGCUUGGUAAUAGAAGUUGGGUUAUCUGUUUAACUUUAUGUUGGUGAUGGUAAAACUUGUGGUGAGUGUACGUGUAGAAAUGGGUGAAAAAAAAGGUGUUGAUGUCUGUAAAUAUAGAGAGGGAGAAAAAAGGAGAACAAAUUGUGAUGACUAGGUACAGAAAAGGCUUAGAAAUAAAAGUGGCGAUGUCUGUGUAAAUAUAGAGAUGCUAAAAUACAGUAGUGAGGUGUAUUUUUAUUUCUUUAGGUACAGAAAGGUGGAAAAAAAGUAUUGAGUAUUUUAAGUGUCGAUAGGUGCCUUGAAGAAUAUUAAGGAACAUUUUGAGUCUUUAAGGUGUCCUCAAAUAAAUUACGAAAAGUAGGUUGGAAA